AUGACCGCCCGGAGAAGCUACGAUGCGCUCUGGACAGCGGUGGACACAUAUGCAUUUCGACAGUCACACCCGGCAUCGCAGUCCAAUACCCAGGAGCUAGUCAACGCGCAGGCGGCAUCGCAGGCGGCGGGUCUCCCGAGCUACGCACUUUCGCCUGCACAGGGCAAGUUCCUAGCCUUGCACUGCCGCACGGCGAAGGUCACCCACGCGCUCGAGGUCGGCACGCUGGGCGGCUACUCGGCCAUCUGGAUGGCGAGCGAAAACCCACAGUUGCAACUGACCACGAUCGAGCACAACAGCCGACAUGUUGAGGUCGCACGCGCGAAUAUCGAGCACGCGGGGCUGUCCGAUCGCGUCCAGGUCAUCCACGGCGCAGCUCUCGCAGUGCUCUCCCGCCUAUCCGACGAGGUCCGGGCCGGGAUACGUCCCCGUUUUGGCUUUGUCUUCAUCGACGCGGAUAAGGUCAACAACUGGAGGUACUUCCAGCUCGCGCGGGACAUGGUCCACCCAAACUCAGUCAUCUGUGUCGACAACAUCGUGCGCGACGGGCAGCUGGUGGACUUUUACGAUCCUGACCCGUCCGUCAGGGGCUCGAGAGAGGUGGUGGAGAACGCUGGUAGAGCGCCCGGCGUGGACUCGGUUGUGCUCCAGACGGUUGGCGAGAAGGGCUACGACGGUUGGCUGUGGGCUGUGAUCAGCUAG